CUUUCUUUUGGUCAUUUGACAAAACGUUUGUUCAAACAGAUCGUCGGGAGACACAAAGCUUUAUGUGAUAAGAGACAAAGAAUCGGAAGGAGGCGCCGUGCUCUUGAUGAGCGCAUAUAGAGGAUGGAAAGAGAGAUCCUUCGCCUGGAAUCUGAACCGCAUGAAUGGGAGAGGAAUGGUCUAGACAUCGUGGCCAUAAUGCCUACUUGUCUCCGAAGAUUCCUCCGCAUGCUGGAUAAAUUUCAUCGUUUAUCCUUGGCGACCAGCGAUGGGUCCUCUUUUGUUUCAUGUUCUUCAGAGUUUCGGAGACUUCCGAUGUUAAGAACUGAAGAAAAAGAGGAACCGGAGAUGAAAAUUGUUGAUGACUUCUCCGGUCCUUUUGAUUUAUCUUCUGACGAGGGAUUAUCCUCGGAAAGCUGUUCGGGAUCUUCCACCUCGCUGGAUCUGUCAUUGAAUUUCAACAACAAUUCUACAAAAAUGUUUGAAGAAGGAAAUUCUUCAGAAAAACCUUCUGACUCAUUCAAAUUGAUAAGUGACGAUCUUCCGGGAGCACCAGACAUCGAGCUUACAAAAACGGGAAGAACUGGCGAACCGGAAUGGUCACGAAUAUUGAGGAAGGGAACCAGCAUUCAGGUUCCGAUCGUAUUAAUCGAGAGAUUGUCAGCCCAAGAUCGUGUCAAGGCCGAGGAGUUUAUCAACAAGCUUAUCACUCGGCAUGACGAGCUCGAGGACGAGAAAAAAGAGAUUAGGAAGAAGAGAAGGGAACUAGGGAAGCGUUGCCUUGACAUUGCUCGAGUGCUUCAUUGCCUCGAAGCCCAUCCUUCCGAUUGGAUCGAACUGGGACUUCAGGAGUACGGAAACAUGCCAGGUUGCAUUAUGAGCAUCGUUGACCUCGCUGGUCAAGGAGCGGAGUUAUUCCGUAAUUCAAGACCCUUCUAAAUCUGAGUUUAGCUAGAAAUAUUUAUUUAUACAUUGUUUGCAAUGUACUCUAUAUUCAAGCCCAAGGAAAAAAUAAGAUUCCAUGAUUUCA